AUGUGGAGGCCGAGUUUCACCAUCUUACAAAAAGUAGUUUUGCCUUCGUUUAGAGAUAAUUUAAAUCUCUCAAAAUUUCUUUUUUCUACUAAAAGCCGACUUCCAAAGUCGACAUCAAAGUUAACCCUUGUUAGUGCUAGUAUCGGUGUUCUCGUCGGCGCAGGUUAUGGAGGUUACACGCAUUAUAAAGUGAACGUUAAAAAGACUUUUAAACCUGGGGAAACUGAAGAGUACGCGUUUUUGAAAGAAGCUCCAGAGUAUGCAGCUCAUUAUAAAAUAAUCAAUGAUGCGGAUACGAGUAACCUGCAGCUCACGCUGUUUCAAUACCGGACUUGUCCGUUCUGCUGUAAGGUUCGAGCAUACUUGGACGCUCGUGGCAUCAGUUAUGAGAUAGUGGAAGUAGACGCGGUGCUCCGCCAGGCUAUAAAGUGGUCAGGAUACAAGAAAGUACCCAUACUGCUCGCAAAAGUGGAUGGAGGUUACCAGCAACUAUUGGACAGUACAGCGAUUAUUUCCGUCCUCGAAACGUGUUUAAAAGAUAAAUCUUCUGAAUUGCGAGAAAUCAUCAAGUUCUACCCAGUCACCAAGUUUGUGAAUGAAACUGGAAAUGAGUCGACCGACAUUGCGAACAAAUACUUCAUCAUGCAUCAAGCAAAUGUGCCGGAUGAAAAGGAGAAAGCCCUUGAAAUUGAGGAGCGCCAGUGGCGUCAGUGGGCCGACCGAGUCCUUGUCAACACACUAUCCCCCAACGUAUACAGGACGGCUGGCGAAGCUCUUGAGACUUUCCAAUGGUUUGAGCAGGCUGGCGGCUGGAGGCAGUUCUUCCCCGCGUGGGAGUGCACUCUCAUGGUAUACAUUGGUGCCGCCGCCAUGUAUAUGAUUUCUAAGAGGCUGAAGACCAGGCACAAAAUUAAGGACGAUCCACGUGAGUCGCUCUAUGACGCGGUCAAUGAAUGGAUGGGUGCAGUACAAUCGAAAGGCACUCCCUUCCUGGGGGGCGACAAGCCAAACCUAGCCGACGUGACAGUUUUCGGAGUUCUCAGCAGCAUUGAAGGAUGCACGGCUUUCCAGGACUUGAAGAACAACACCGCAGUAGAGAAAUGGUACUACGAAACGAAGAACGCCAUAGAAAGAAGAAUGGGUAAAGUUAUUGCUAUGCACGCUUGA